CAAUGGAGUCUGUUCUAGGUAACGCCAGAAGAGAAGAGUGCUUCUGUUCCAUCUCACUUUUGGCAUCAAAACCAUAAAUUCCCAAAUUUUGCUUCUUAUUUUGUCGACUACUCCUUUAAUCUUCACAUGGAACCAGGCAAAUCCCUGUGUUCUAGGGUUUAACCACCAAUUUUGAGAGUUAGCUGUAGGUUCUAUCCAUGUUUCUCCAUCGAAUUUAGGGUUAGGGUUUUGGGUUUUGGUCUGGAGUGUCAGAGGUUUAGAGGGGAGGGAGUUUGGGGUUGGGGGUGUUAGUGUGUUAUGGUACAGAGAUUGGAUAUGAUGAAGGCGCAGCCGCUGCAGGCGAGACCUUUUGAAGAUGGAGAGAAUACGAUGCGAAUGAACGGGGGAGGACUCCAGGGAGAGGAAAUUAAUGGGUUCCGUGAAGGAAUCAUGAAUGGGGUAAUUACUUCAGUGGACGACAGUAACGGUAGUCUUCUUCAGGCUAAUCGAACCAGUGAGCUCACCGUCGCAUUUGAAGGAGAGGUCUAUGUCUUCCCGGCGGUUACGCCUGAAAAGGUGCAAGCAGUUCUUUUACUGCUGGGAGGACCUGAUGCAUCAACUCAUUUGCCAAGCUCUGAGUUUCUACUACAAGAAAAGGUCAAGGUUGUAGGUGAUUCUUCACGAGGCUCUAAGCAUUCACGAAGAAUUGCUUCACUGGUAAGAUUCCGUGAAAAGCGAAAGGAGAGAUGCUUUGAAAAGAAAAUUCGGUAUACGUGCAGAAAAGAGGUUGCUCAGAGGAUGCAUCGUAAGAAUGGACAAUUUGCUUCGUCAAAGGAGGGUUACAAUGUGCCUACUGGUAGCUCGGAUCCAAGUGAUAGCACCCCUCCUGAAUCUGCUUCACGCAGAUGUCAACAUUGUGGGAUAAGUGAGAAGUUAACUCCAGCAAUGCGUCGAGGACCAGCAGGUCCCAGAACCCUUUGUAAUGCUUGUGGCCUUAUGUGGGCAAACAAGGGAACUCUAAGAGAUCUUUCAAAAGGUGGGAGGAAUGUUCAGUUUGAUCCAAAUGAACCGGAAACUCCAAUGGAUAUUAAGCCUUCAACCGCCGAACCAGAAAAUUCAGAUGCCAGUGAGGAUGAGCAGGGAAGCCCAGAAGAGACCAAGCCCGGACAUUUGAAUUCUGAAAAUCAUUUCAUGAGACCAAAUGGACAGGAUUUUGUAGAGACUGCUCAAGCAAUUCCUCACAAUUUGCUCCCCAUCCAAGUGCAGAAUUCCUCAGGAAAUCUGGAUGAUGAGGGCAUGCAGGAAACACUGGAUGAGUUUGCAAAUGCAUCAGGAUCAGAUUUUGACAUCCCAUCUCAUUUUGACGAGCAGGUUGACAUUGAUGACACCAACAUGGGGACUGGCUGGCCUGGGGCCUGAUAUCUUGCGAUGUGUAUGUGUAUGGAAAUGGUUUUGAUGACAUGUUUUACGCAGCAAAGUACUCUUGACUAACCAUAGAUUUCCGAGGCAUUUUAUGCCCACAAACAGUUCUCACCCAUGCAGCUGCCGAAGUUGCUGGACACAUCUUGUACCCUCUUUUUUUUUUUUUUGUUCGUUUAAAUGGUAAGUAGGUAUCAUGGUCCCCUACUCUUUGUAGCUUGUAUAAAGCCUGUAUAAUUUUAACUUUUAAAGGUCAUUAAGGUACAUUGGCUAUUCAGUAUCUGUUGUGCUGGCAUGACUGGAUGUAUAUGUUGAGGUACAUGGAGUAGGAUGCAGAAAGCCAAAAAUGAAGACAUGGGUUGUCUCGUUACUCAACUUUCUAUAGCAUUUAUGGGCUUUUCUAUCCCAAGCAGUAAUGAAUGUCUCAUUUUCACAGAAGGUAUGCUCGGAAUGGUUGAGUGCUGACCUUAACUCUUUAAAU